GUCAAAGUUAGACAAAUAAAAUACCGAUGGUGAAAUAUCUGUCUCCAUAUGAAUAUUUUAGCAUUUAAUGUAGAUAAAUAAGGUGGCAAGCAGGUUGUAAAACAUUAUUUCAGUCGGUAUCUGCCACUCAGCCGCACAAACAAAAAAAAACUUCUUCCCGCCACACAGGAACUCACAGCUCAUAGAUCUGAGAGAAGGAAGCAGUUCAGCUUUGGUUGAAGAAAAGAACAAAAGAUGUCAAAUAUUUCAGAGAGAGAAUGGAAAACGGCCCUGACCGCCAUCCUGGAGGAGCUGGAUAAGUCAGAAUACAACAAGAUGCUGGGGUGUUGCUGUUUUGACAAAAUCCCUAAAGGUGUGAAGACUGGCACGUCCAGAGAGGAGAUGCCCCAAAUAAUCAUCCAGCACUUAGGAGUAGAUGAGUCCAUCUUUGCAAUCAAUGAAGCAAUGGAUCUGAUACCGAGGAAGGACCCUGAAAUCCAGGACCUGCUGUGCCCCUUUGUGGACAAACUGAAGAGCAAACAUGAAGAAGAGAACAAAGAUCAACUGAAGAGCAGCCAACCUGACAAGUGGAAAACUUCCCUGACCUCCAUCCUGGACGAGCUCGAUGAGACGGAAUACAAGAAGAUGUUGUUGAAUUUGGACAAAAUCCCUAAAGGUCUGAAGGCUAGUAAGUCCAAAGAAGAGAUGCCCCAAAUAAUCAUCCAGACCUACGGAGUAGAACAAUCAGUCCUUGAAAUCAAGGGCGUAAUGGAUCUGAUACCGAGAAGGGACGCUGCAGUCCAGGACCUGCUGCGCCCCUUUGUGGACCAACUGAAGAAAAAGGACCAGACAAUGAAGGUUGAAGAGCCAUGUGGACAAUCUUCAAAACCUGGUGGCACUGCAGGUCCCUCCGCUGGAGCAACUGGUGGAAAAACAAUGGCAGGAGACAAGCACUUUGUGGAUGAACAUAGGGCCGAUCUGAUCCAGAGAGUGACCAACAUUGAGCCCAUUUUGGAUGAGCUCUUGGGUGAUUUCAUCCAAACAGAAGCUUAUAAUAAAAUCAGGGCUAAGACUACAUCUCAGGAAAAGAUGCGGGAGCUCUACGAUGGUACACUGAAAGCUGGUGAAGAAGUCAAAGAUGCCUUCUACAAACUCCUUGAGAAAUAUGAGGGAUGUCUGGUCAGAGACAUCAAGAAGAAGACCAAACAUACUUGAACAAAAAUGUUCUUUUUUUAUACAUAAGAAAUCAUUUUUAUAUCAGUGCUCUUUCUCUGUGGAGCUUUUCAGCAAAUUUGUAUGUCACAGUUUACAGUGGAUGCUUAAUGAGACUCAACUGUCAUAUAUAUAUCAUAUAUCAAAUAUGCUGAAAGCUUCUUUUUUAUUUGUUUUUAUUCUGUCCAAUUAUAAUCCAUUUACAUUUCGGUGGUCAGUCUGUUUUUAAAUUUAUAAUAAAAUGUCCUGAUUACUGUGUGGCUCUUACA